AUGGGCCCUACCCCGCUAGAGCACUCUAGCAACAUCACCGCCGCGAGCUCCAGCAGUGGUACCGGCCCCGGCUCCUGCGUCAGCCCGCAGCCACAGUCGAUCGACACAAACAAUCUGGUCGUCUGCGCUCCGACAGGCAUCAAUACUUCCGACUCGCCCUCGUCACCCAUCCGGUCGUCAUCGCCAACAGGCUGCAGCGAACUCAUGGAAGAACUAAACUCAGAGUCCACGCGCAAACGUCCCCGGCUUGAUAGCGGCAGUGGUGCCAAUUGCACGCAUGACACUGCAUCAAUGACUACACCUACGACUCCGGUCGAGGCCAGUGAAGACGCACAGGAUAACCAACAGAACCAGCAAACACUUCAGGAUCAAACUGACAGCACUCCAGGUGUUGGAGAGGAAGAUCCUGUGGGAGCUCUAGAUGGAGGUAGCGUGCACAGUGGACCUCUAACAGCUGGAGAGGACCAAGAGAAAAUGCCGAUCACUCCUCUUCCUGCAGCUGCCGUCCAAACCUCGAUGAAUGGCAGUCCUAUCGUCCCUCCUCGUCCAUCAAGUCGAGUUACUAUCAACAUGAAGUCUCCUACCUCGGAAACAGGACGGUCUCUGCAGGCCAUGCCCGAAGACGAAGAAUCUACGGCAUUGUCAACGGAAAAGAAAGGUGUUAUCGUCGAAGAUGGUAAUAAUGUCACAAAGCCCGAGUUCAAUCAUAUUUCACAGCUGGACGGUGUGUCGGCUGUACUUCAGAGCAGUUCUAACUCGCAAGUGAUUGAAGAUACCCACUCUAGUAUACCCAUGGAACGAAAUACUGUCAUACUGCCUGAUUCGCCUUCUUCUGUUGCAAGCGUCGAGAUCGAGGUUGCAGAUCCAGAAGACAUGGAUCAGGAUCCUACUACAACGAGCUGGAGGCCAUUAGAUGACGUGAUACGAGGCCCCAGGGAGCCUCAGGUUGUUCAGAUUCACGAAGAAGUCUCUCUCGCAGAGGCAUUUCCAAACUUCAGGACGGCAUACAACAUCCGCGAGUGUGUCUUAGAUAUGAAAGCUGCCAUGGAGAGAGGUACCAUACAUGAUCUCAAUAUGUUUGAUGCCCUUAAGACUUGGUUUGAACUGUGCAGCUCAAAUCUCAACUAUCUCACAUAUCAAGCACUUAUUGAGGAUCGCGACCUAUGGGAAGAGGUCCCCUCUGUUGUUGAGGGUCUAUUAAGGCGGACAACCGAGUUUAUAGCAGAAGAGGGAGAGAGUCCCAUGUCCUACAUGGAAGAAUUCCUCUCUUGCUAUGCCGAAAUCGCAUUACAUGUAAUAUCUAUUGAUGCAGAACAGAUAUCGCAAUCUCCAGAAGACAGGUCUGCCCAGCAAGACCCAAUAUCGAGAACUUAUUGGAUGCCACUUGCCUCGAUGCUCCAACUGCGCAAAAUCCCCCUUUACGCUGCAAUGGAGCGUGAUUACGGUUCCGAUAUCAUUGAUAUGGUUGGCCAUCUUAACGACCGCGUUGCUGGACGACAGGUCAACGGCGUUCUGGUCCUCACUAGCUUCAUGAAAGCUGUUUCGCCCUUCCUUGCCAAAUCGCCCAUUCUCACCUCCCUUUUCACAUCGGCUCUCAAUGUCACUCACAAUAUCCUGGACUCGUUCGUCGGGAGGAGAUGCCAACCCAACUAUAGCCGCCCCAGCUCCAAGGAAAUUACUAUCCAAGUUUAUGCAUUACUUCGGUUCUCUGAGCCUGUAUACCGAUCACUGAUAGAGAAAUCCUCCUCCUGUCUUUCUAGUGACACGAGCGACACGAUUCUUCGUACCAUGGGCAAUUCGUUCCGAGUUCUUUGUGGUUUCGACGAAGAGACAGCUACAACCGUCGACAGGGACCUGCAACUCAAUGUCCCGGAGGGCGUUAACUCCCUUGAAUUCGGCCAUAUUGUCAGCUUGGGUUGGAAAUUCACCAUCCUCAAGAAACAUAUUAUGAGUGGCCGCAUGGAACUGCGAGUCUACGGCAUGGAAUCUAUCCAAGGUGACCUGGUAAACUUCUGGUCUCAGCACAUUCAGAAUGUACCCGGCGCCCUAAACCAUGCAACAACAAAAUACUUGGUCAAUUUUUUGCGAGGGCAUAAGAUCGUCGACUAUGUGGUUGGUGUCGAGUCGCAUCCUCAACUAAUAAGCCGCGGCAGCAACAUCGUCGGUUUCCUGGUCGUAACUUCAACAUAUACCAAUGAAGAUACAGAUAUUAUAUGGAAGACCGUCAGCGAGAGUCAUGAUCCUAGAACUGUAUCCGAAGUCCUCGCCAUGCUUUCGUCUACUUUUACGAUGCACCACGAAUCUGAACCACUUAUUUACAUUUGCAAUAAACUCAUAGAACUACCCAUGCAACGCUUCGACAUUCGUAUGAUCGAAUUCUGUGACCUGCUGCUGAACGCUGUCCGGAGUAAACAUGGGGAAUCCUUGCGUCACCAAGAGCUCGGCCACUACCCACACGUUGACAUCAUGCCCGUCCGCCUAUGUGUCAGGCUGAUUCGGGGCGCACUAUCCACUAAUGAAUUGCCUCCGGAGCAAAGGUCUCAAAUCCAGAGAUUCGCAAGUAAACAGCUUUCCCAAUUUGUGAGCCUCGGUAUAAGUGAAACAGACAAGUCGGAACUUUAUCAGCAAUGCGUCCAGGAUGUUUCCGACAUGAACGAGUUUGCUCUUGGGAGUAUCCAUGCUCUUAAUGCCCUAAUCCCAACCUUUGAUACCCAGGAUAUUCGGCGUUUAGCUCUAGACCUUGACUUCACCCGCCUUGUCAUUAUGGAACUUGCACAUGCAGCCACAACACCAGCAACCGAUGGAGAGGAUGAAUACCUAUGCAACACCAUCGUACCGCGACUUAAUCUAGUCCAUCGCAUUAUCGACAAAGUACCAGAGACAAUAUCUCCUGACCUAAGUGAUAUCCUAUGGGACAAAGUAUUCACUUCGAAAGUAAUAAGCGAGCAGAACCGGAAUUACAUGUGGGAGGUCUUGUCUAAAUCUGCCUCCCGAUGCCUGAAACGAAACACGUUCCUGGAAACCUUCAUGAAUGAUUAUCUUCCUCGUAUUCCUCCAGAGGAUAUCACGGAGUCUGUACUCUUGUUUGCGAAACAGACAGUGAAUUAUGAUGUUAAAUUCCACCACCAACCAAUAUCUAAUGAUGGAGAGGUCGUUAAUAUCCCUGGGAUGGACAGGAUCUGGCACUUUAUACUGACAGCACCAAAUCCAACCAUCGGAAUCAAUGCCAUCAACUUCGCUAUAGACACAUAUCUAGACCACUCCCUGAUUAAAGGAAGCAGCCCAUCAUCCGCUGAAGCAACGCAUGUAUCCCUCGUCGAUCGAUGUGUAGCCCAACUAGCAGCUGCAGCCGCCAAACUCAAAACGUUCAUAGACGGAACCACAAGCGGCGAAGACGAACCCAUGGUCAUAGUUCCAUCUGAUAACGAAGUCCGCGCCGAAGAACUGCGAUUUGCCCGCUCCCUCCUUUUCCUACGCCAACUCCUCCAAGGCCUCCGUACAAGACCGCAUUACACUCCUCCCCAGGGCUCACCACCUUGUAUGCCACUCAAGCCUGAACCAAUAAGGGGAGAAUCCAUCGACUUAGCCUACCAAGCGUUCAGUAUGGGCUCACAAUCUCGUAUCCGCACAUUCACUAUCGGAGACUUAUCAACUGCCUCCGAACUCGCGGAUAAGAUAGCCCAUGUUACCGGUUUUUCGAAGUUCACUACCAUUAGCGGUGGUCAAAGGCUGGACUUACGUGGCGGAAAUGCAAACCAGACCAUUCGGGAUCUGAAACUUGCUACCGCAGGUUUACUUAUUGUUAGGAAGGAUUCAGAUGCGUAUGAGGCUUCAUUUGGCGGAAGGCGUCAGAGCCUGACGCUUGUUGAUUCAGAGGUAUUGAAGCAUUUCAAUGACCUUUAUGAUCUUCUAAGUUUGGACGAGAGAUUUUCAAAGGAGAUAUUUGACUUCCUUAUAUUAUUCCCUCCACAGCAAGCAGUUCGUGAUUUCGUACGAUCUCCCGAAAUAGGCGAAACGGAUAUGUUCCCCAUUGAAAAGCCAUAUAAACUGCUUUACAUCCUCAAUUGUCUUAUUGUGUGUGUUCGGGAAGAAAGCAUGAGUGUGAACCGCGACCAAGCCUUUAUCUCCCACGUUAUCAAGAAUAUUGAUGCCAUCCUGAUGAAACCUGGGAUGUCUGAACUUCUACAAGAGAAUACUUUGAAGCUCAACAUUGCGUGCAGCUUCGUGGACUGCCUCUUGGUAGCUUUGAAAGCACUUGCGAAAUCAACGCCAGGUUCAUCACAACAUCUCUUCACAAACCCACCAGGCUUAAUAUCCCUAAUUCUCUCUUUACUUACUCUGAACCGCAAUGAUUCCUCUAUCCCACUCAACGAACCAACGUUACAACGACUCGUCUCUAGCUCAUUUGCAACACUCAUCGAAGCCUCUAUGAACGAUGAACACGUAUGGGCUGAAUUAAAAGAUUACACGCAGAUGCUGGAUCUUCUCUACAGCUUACUACUAUCCGAGCCUCGGCCAGGCAUCCGUAAGGACAUUGCGGAAAUUAUCUUCAGUCUUUGCGGCACAUCACCACUCCAAAAGGGCUACUGGUCAAACACAGUGUCAAAGAACGCCAUUCCAACCGGCAAUCUCGCAACAGCUACUGGGUCAGAUAUGGUAAAGUCGUUCUGGCAGUCGAUUUCAUCACUCUUGCCUCGGUCGGUAGAGCAUCCCCAGCUAGCACAGGAGUUCUUUGAGGUUUCCCUAGUGACCUUCCAUACCGUUGCUAUGCUCCCCACGACAGAAAUGCCAUAUAAGCAAUAUGUGCAGGACUGGGGAAAUAUCCUAUUGAACCACAAUGGCAAUGAGUUUGUUGGCCGUGAACGUGUCGAUCACAUUGUCCUAGGAUUUGCUUAUAUGUUGAAGAUGUGUCUCGAGCUUGCAAUUUCAGAGAACAUCGAUGCUGGCUCGAGUAAUCUUAUGGUGAAUUUGUUCAUCGCUUUCCUAUUCCCAAAUCUAUCAGAUACCCAGGACGAGAGGGUCCAACCAGGUAUUCCAAUCAUGAACCCUACCACUCGCCAGGAAAUCUAUAAUAUCAUUCUUCUUCUAUGUCGGGGUACGGACAACUGUUCGGAAAUGCUUGAGCUGCUCGAAGACAUUAUUCCCUAUGACUACACAUAUGACCCUACGUGGAUAUUUGAUCGUUCCAAAACAAUCCGCUCUGCAGAAGGAUAUGCUGGACUCCGCAAUCUCUCAAACACGUGCUAUCUCAAUUCCCUAUUCACCCAGUUAUUCAUGAAUCUGGACUUUCGUAAGUUCAUCCUGGAAGUCGAAACCUCAGAAGACGAUCCUACCCAGGCAGUGCUCAGCGAGACAAAAAGAGUCUUUGCAUACCUUCAAGACACAUGGCAGAAGAGUGUAGACCCUCAGACUGCAGUGGACACUAUUCGAACGUAUGACAACGAGCCAAUUGAUAUCAAUAUUCAGAUGGAUGUUGAUGAGUUUUAUAACCUACUUUUCGAUCGAUGGGAAAGCCAAAUACGCACAGCCGAGGAUAAGAAGAAGUUCCGAGCAUUUUAUGGCGGUCAGCUUGUACAGCAGAUCAAGUCUAAGGAAUGUGAACAUAUUUCUGAGCGUCUCGAGCCGUUUUCCGCCAUUCAGUGUGAUAUCAAAGGCAAACCUGGCCUUGAGGAUAGUUUGAGGGCGUACGUUGAAGGGGAGAUCAUGCAAGGAGACAACAAGUAUUCUUGUACCUCUUGCGGAAAACACGUUGAUGCGGUCAAAAGGGCAUGCUUGAAAGAUAUACCAGACAAUCUUAUUUUCCACUUGAAGAGAUUCGACUUUGAUGUCAUAUCAAUGAUGCGAAGCAAGAUCAACGACGAGUUCCACUUCCCCGAACGCAUAGAUAUGUCACCUUUCACCAUCGAUUAUCUCAGCAACCCUGACGCUCCCAUUGAACCUGAUAUGUUUGAACUUGUUGGAGUUCUGGUUCACAGUGGCACGGCCGAAUCCGGCCACUACUAUUCCUACAUCAAAGAAAGGCCGUCGGCGGGCCCCAAUAACUCCUGGGUUGAAUUCAAUGACUCCGACGUGACUAGAUUUGAUCCUGCAAAAAUUCCGGACCAGUGUUUUGGUGGAACAAGCGACAAUAUGCACAGCUUGAGCCAUGUCCGUUUUGGCUGCAAAGUGUGGAACGCAUAUAUGCUCUUCUACCAACGAGUUUCGAGUAUGGAGAAAGCGAAAGUGGUUUAUAAAGAUUCGAUCGGCGAUUCUCCAGCACGUAUUCCCCUGCCGCAGGAAUUAGGAAACCACAUCGCCAUGGAAAACGAGCUGUUUAUUCGCAUUUACUGCCUCUUGGACCCUCACCACGCACGCUUUAUUGUUGGCCUCUUCAAUCGAGCGCGAGAAAUCAGCCGGACUGAAAACACUUUAAUAGCCUCAAAGAUUCAAAAAAUGUCAAUGCAUGUGACUCUGGAUACUUUGGAACAACUCGUUGCCAGAUCAAAAGACUUGCCAGACGUUGAAGCCCUUCUUAUUGACAUCAAAAGGUCCAUUGAUGAAUGCCCCCGCGCUGCAUACUGGCUUUUGCAAUGGGUCGGUAAACGGCCGUUACUUCUGCGGAAUCUCAUUGCAAAGAGCCCCAAUAGUGUCGUUCGCGUUGGCUUUUCGAAACUGCUAGUAACAGCAUUGAGCCGGCUGCAAGAUCGACUAGCGGAUGUGGAUUCUGACAGUGAGCUACAAAGCGAAUACAAUCAAGAAUACUUGAGCAUGCUUGAAAAGGUCGUGGGAAUCAUGGUGAUUAUGUGGAGCACACUUCACUUCUACUCUCGUGCCUGGGAUGACUACUUCGAAGUUCUUGUUGAAAUUGCCAACCUUGGACCAUAUGAGGUUGAAACCCUACUUGAGCAUGGUUUCCUCCUACGAUGUUUGGAGAUGGUAUGGCUGGACCGCCAUGAUUCCAGGAGGCUCAAGGAAGUCUAUCCGGCUUAUGUGCGCCUGAUUGAGAAAGGAAGAAAAUUCUCACACUACAAACUCACUGAACUGCUUGCCAUUUUCCUUGAAAACGUUGACAUCGGUGCCGAACCAGUACGAUCCGGUGAGUCGAGACGCCGGGAAGAUGGUAAACUUAUUAUUUCUUAUGCAGAGAGCGAGCUCGUCCUAUCGCUAGGUGAUAAAAGAGAGCUUUCUUUUCUAAAGAAAGUGAUAGAGCAGCAAGAAAACGUUGAUGCAGCUCGGAAGAUCUUCACCAUUUUUUUAGACACAACUCCGACAAUUGAUGGACUCAUGGAUAGCAUAGUCCAUAUGCUUGAGGAGGGCCUAGCAGUUGAACCUGCAUCUCUUGCCAGCCCCUUUCUUGAAAUUACGCUACUAUUCUGCAGCAUAGUUCCUGAUAUUGACCGUGUUCGAAGUCUCAUUGAGUUUGCAGCCAAAUCAGUUGACUCGAUAAAUGAGGCUGGCGGCCGCGACCAUGUCACCUUUAUCCAAACAAUUGCAACCCUUAAUAAUAGUGCGAUCCUAGAGAAAGAUGAGUUGUUUUUCCUAUCUCUGGUGUUAGAAAUGGCACCGUAUUGGGCACCGACAUUACUCCAUUACGAUGAUCGACUGGUUCGAAAUUCAGCCUUCGAAUAUUUGCAGGAAAUCCUGUUCUCCAAAAACCUUGAAGAUGCCACUGAGACUACUCGACAGUUCUACCAACGUACGGGACGCCAAUUAGAACAAGCUUGCGUUGAUAAAUUGCAUACGACGUACCUCACCACCUCAAACACCCAGACCGUCGUUGAUGCGUCAACUGUUGAAAUCAUUCAAUAUGUCAUUAAGCUCUGCAUCGAGAAGUAUUUUGAUGAAGAAAAUAUCGAAGGAGACAGAGCUAUUAUCGAGCGCGCCGGAGCUGUCCUCGCAAGCUUGGAGCAGUACACCGUUGAAAUGCCGGAGGAUGUUGGAUCAGGUCCUGACUUUCCUUCAGAUGCAUGGGAGGAUAAUUCUGUGAUUGCCAGCGACUCAGAGAUCGGUUUGGCUACGUCACCAUAG